AUGGUCCUUCCUGAUCUGGUCCAACUGAAUCAGGGUGCUUUUGUUCAAGGUAGAUCAAUUGCUCAUAAUGUCUUGAUAUUCCAAGAUCUCAUCAAGAAUUAUGAGAGAACAUCUACCUCGCCUAGAUGUGCCAUUAAAAUUGACUUAAGUAAAGCGUAUGACACAGUCGACUGGUGGUUUCUUGAAGAUCUCCUAAAGUCUUUGUGUUUUCCUAUGAGAUUUAUAGGUUGGAUUAUGACAUGCUUAAAAAACACAUCUUAUUCCUUGCUUAUGAAUGGAAGAGUUCAAGGCAGUUUCAAGGAUGAACUGAUUUUAUUUUGUAAAGGGUCUCUUUCUGCUGUUCGAGUGCUCAAAGUAGCUCUAGAGGAGUUUAGUUCUGGUACGGGGCUCCAUAUUAAUACCAUCAAAUCUCACAUCUUCUUUGGGGGAGUUUCUGCAGUAAAUAGACAGAUAAUAGCUGCUGAGAUUCAACUUACGGAAGGGACAUUUCCUCUUAAAUAUCCCAGUGUUUCUAUGAGACCAACUAAAUGGAAGCAUGAAGAUUGUGAUAUUAUUAUCCAAAAAAUCAAAAUGCGGUUACAUACUUGGGCUAGUCGGCAUUUGUCCUUUGCUGGCCGAUUUAAUGGUAAUAGAAGCAAGAUUCACAUUGCUUCUUGGAUGAAGGUCUAUCUCCCUGAGGCUUAUGGAGGUCUCAGGUUCAUAAAUGGUUCAGUUUGGAACCGAGCCAUCUUAGCUAAGUAUUUUUGGGCCAUUUCUGAGAAGCAUGAUGUGAUUUGGGUUAAAUGGAUUAAUUUUAUCUAUUUGAAAGACUCCAAUUUCUGGACUUACAAGCUGCCACCUGAUACGAGCUGGCUGUCUAUCCUUAAGCAUAGGUUUUUGCUUUGGCAAGUGGUAAACUCUCAGCUUCUUACUCGAGAUAACAUGCUCAGGUUCUGUGUGCCACUUGAUUCUCUUUUAUGUCCUGUGUGUGGUUUCUCUACUGAGAGUCACUCUCAUCUGUUCUUUGAGUGUUGUCUUUCCAAAAAGGCUACUGAUUUAAUCUUUGCUUGGAUGGGAUUUAAAGCUUGGCCUAAUGAGUUUGCUGGUUGGACGGUUUGGCUUACUAGCUGA